AUGGACGCGGAAGAGCAAAAGGCGCUCGCAGCGCUCGCAAAGUAUGCCAAGGGUCAGCAGAUGAUCCUUCGACCGUUCCUGAAUCCAGGCGCACCCCAUACUACCGGCCAGUUCCCCGACCCGCCAGGAACCGAUUCACGAGGCCAUACCUUUGAGGAGUUCGUUCCUGAGCCCCCCACGAAUUUCGAUGCGAGCACGUUCAAGGAUUUCGGUGAUAGCGAACUUGCUGUCAUUGAAGUUGUCGACACCAUUUCUGGCGGAUUAGCCCAUGGUCGACAAAUGCUCCUUUGCAAAGCCAUCACGACGCCGGUUUCCAAUGAGGGUCGUUCGCCCAUGCCGACCUUCGAUGAUAAGCACCAGCACAUCGUGGCUGUGGCUGAAGACGCAGCCUUGUACGAUGAACCAAUCUGGGCUGACAACCAUCUGUGCCGCAAGGUCGCCGUGCUCCAAGAACUUCACAAGCGCACCAAAACCGGUCUUGGAACCGUGAACCCGGACUACUACGGUACUUGGAUUUUGGAGACUGAUGACAACGCGCAACAAUACCAGGGAGGCAAGAGAUACAUAGGCAUCAUCCUUAUGGAACAUCUUGAGGGCCGCACCAUCGAGGAGCUUUGCACCCGCGAACCAGCACCUGCUGAAGAACUCGGCAAUCUGAUCGUUCCUCUCAACCCGAUCACCAUCCCAAUCCCUGGAGCUGACGGCGCGGAGCUCAUACUCGACGUCACCAGCACCGAAGUCCGCCAUCAUAUCGUAAAGCAAAUCAUGCACGGUGUUGUCGACAGUCAACAUGUUGGUAUACGACGUCAUGCUCUGGAUGCUUGUGACGUUAUGAUUGUUGUCCGACGCGGAGGAGAGAUCUUGAAUAAGCCUCAAGCUGUGCUGCUUGAGUCUUUGGUCUGCGAGGUCUGGUCCACGCUUUGGGAUGGCGAAAAGUACUUCAACGAUUCGGAUGACCCUUACCAAAAGCUCCCUCGGCCCCUUCAUCCCUUUGACGAGUUCACCCACAAUGACUUCGAGGACCUGGACGGCUGGUACGAUACGAAUUGGCGAGCCGAGAACAGAGUCAGACUUGAUGCAUGGAUGUUGAAACAGUUUGGACUUCUGAACGAGUCUCGCCGCUAUUCUCCUUGGAACGAAAUCGAAGCCCGGUCGAAGUACGAGCAAUGGCGUUUGUAUAGAGCUUUGGACCUCAUCGAGAAUCAACAAACCCGAGACUUUCCUAUGCAUUCUCUCCCUCCUAUUCCUCAACCAGACAACCGUGGUUCUUUGUCCUUGAGACAGCAACCUAGAGUCAACUACGCCAUGAAUCAGAGACAACCUGGCAUCGACAAUUCACCCGCCAUGGAACCUACGCGGUCAGCCAGAAUCGAGGCUGAAGAUGAGGACACGAGAUAUUUGAGAUCUUUUGACCAGAAGGAGUUCGAAGACAACGCCAAAACGACUAUUCGUGACAUGCUUCAAGACCACCCGCAACUGGCCGAUGCAACCUCGGAGUAUGCCAGCUCCGCCCAUGGAUCCGUACCGGAUGAUGAAUAG